AUGCGUAAUGGAGUAAAUGCGUUUUGUCGUAGCGGUAGAGUACCGUUCAUGUACGAGUACGGAUUUGAGAGCUUCGUGAUCUGGUACAUCCACUUCUCCCGCAACUCCCGAACAGUCCCCGAGCCCGACAUCAACCCCCGGGGGCUGCUACAUCCGGAGGCGGGGUCCGGCCUGCACAUUCUGGUUACGGGGGGAGCGGGUUUUAUCGGUUCUCAUGCCGUGAUGGUUCUCGCGGGGGCGGGUCACGCGGUCACGGUGCUCGACAACUUGUCCCGGGGUAACGCGGGGGCGCUUAGGGCGCUGAGGGAUAUGAUUCCAGCUCGUAGAUUCCGCUUCCUGCGUGUAGACCUGGGGGAUCGAGCCACCUUGUGUUCGGCCCUGGCCACCUCAAGCCCCCCCCUGGACCUGGUGAUGCACUUCGCGGCGGUGGCGUACGUGGGCGAGUCCAUGAGGGACCCGCUGCAGUACUACAAGAACGUUACUGUUAAUACCGUUAACUUAUUGGACUGCAUGGCGGCCAACGGAAUUAAAAAGCUCGUCUAUUCAAGCACCUGCGCGGUGUACGGCAACCCGGAGAAGCUGCCUGUUACGGAGCAGACGCCGCCCGUGCCCAUCAACCCGUACGGCCAGUCCAAGCUCAUGGCGGAGGAGCCCGACUUCAAGGCCAUCAUCCUGCGGUACUUCAAUGUGUACGGCAGCGACCCGCUCGGCCGAUUGGGCGAGUACCCGCGUCCCGAGCUCCGGAGCCAGUCCCGUAUCAGCGGCGCCUGCAUGGAUGCCGCUCUGGGGCUGGUGGGACACCUGACGGUGAAGGGCACCCGGCAUCCGACUGAGGAUGGAACAUGUGUGCGCGAUUACAUCCAUGUAAUGGACCUGAUCUCGGCGCACGAGGUGGCAAUGCGGCACCUGGCUAACCCACCCCCGCUCUACAACAUCGGCACGGGGAAGGGCGUGUCGGUCAAACAGUUUGUGGAAGCAUGCCGCCGGGUGACGCAGCGCGACAUUACGGUGGUCUAUCAGGAGGAGGCUCGGCCCGGGGACUACGCAGCCGUCUGGUCGGAUGUGUCCAAGAUCAACCGGGAGCUGGGCUGGAGGGCCAACUACACGGACAUAGAGGAGGGGCUGCGACACGCCUGGCAGUGGCGCGUCAAACACCCUCACGGGUACGCACAAUAA